CAACACCACCUUGUCAUUCUCCUCCAAAGUGUGUUAUAUAAAGUACCGAGACCCCUCCAGUGUUGGGGUGGCGCAGCAUCUCACCAACACUGUUUUUAUAGACAGAGCUUUGAUAGUGGUGCCCUGCGCAGAAGAUGACUAGAGUGGCCCAGCUGUUACACUACACUAGCCUGAGUCAGGCAUUGUUUUCCAAGCCACUAUCCCCGAUCGGGCCAACGCAGCCUUCAAGGGGGGGAUGUGACCCGGAGAAUAGCCCGCAGAACCUUCCAAGAUGGACACCUUGUCUCUUUUUGUUUUUUUUUUUAUCAUUUAUUUUAUUUUUAUUUAUUUUUUUCGGUUUGUUUCCUUUUCAUACUAUCCCAUGUUGUCCACUCUCUACUGUCUCUAUCUAGAAACUGCAGGUUGUGUUUAUAUUUGUUAUUUUUGUUUGUUUUUUUUUAUUAUUGUCCAACCCCCCCACUCCCCUCUCUCUUUCCGCUACAGCUGGAGCUUGUGUGUGAUUGAGUUCAGUCCAGGUUGCUACGGCACACCGCUGGGAAAUGUGCCACACAAAAGAUGCUAUGAGGAUCACUAACUCUUUUGUUCUCUUGUCUCCUGCGUCUGUUGACGUAGUGAAGGGCUAGUCUUGGUGGGGGAAAAAAAAAGUGAUGCAGCCAUUGGGGUUGUCUUGUGUUGCACACCUUUCCAACACUGCGAAACGAUCGCCCCCUCCCCCCACGGAAAAGCGCCCAUGCUUGAUAUCGUAUGGUUCAUGACCAAUAUGUUUCCAGUACAGGGAAAAUUCCAGAAGAGGCCAAGGCUCUGUCUCUGUUGGCACCUGCCACCCCGGUACCCAGUCUGAUUCCAGGCGGAGGGUUGCUGCCGAUUCCCGCUCCGGCUCCGCUUCAGAACCUGAGCCUCCCUUUAGUGAGUCGGAUCACAGCGGGGCUAGAUCCCACGGCGUCCGUGCUCGCUCAGCCUCCCCUCGUCGGGAAUGUGGACCCAUCUAAGAUCGACGAGAUUAGGAGGACGGUUUAUGUUGGAAACCUAAACUCACAGACCACCACUGCUGAGCAGCUGCUGGAGUUCUUUAAGCAGGUGGGAGACGUGAAGUUUGUUCGAAUGGCCGGAGACGAGACUCAGCCGACCCGAUUCGCCUUCGUAGAGUUUGUAGAGCAGGAUUCUGUGGCCAGAGCCCUCACUUUAAACGGAGUCAUGUUUGGAGACAGACCCCUGAAGGUCAAUCAUUCCAAUAACGCCAUCGUAAAACCGCCUGAGCUGACACCCCAAGCUGCUGCUAAGGAGCUGGAGAGUGUGAUGAAGAGGGUGAGGGAGGCCCAGUCCACCAUUGCUGCUGCCAUAGAACCUGUGGAAACAAAGCAACGCUCUUCCAGCCGCUCUCAAAGGUCACGCCGGUCCCGUUCCCGGACGCGCUCCCGUUCCCACUCCAGGUCGCGUAGGAAGAGGUCCCGCUCCAAACACAGACCAUCACAAAGGUCCUGGCCGGGGGCCGACUCCCACAGUUCAAGAAGCGGCCAUAAGAGGCGCUCUCGUUCCAGGGACAGGAGGCACGCCAGGAGUCGGUCCAGGGGCCACAAACGGAGGAGCAGAGAUCGGUCCAGAAGCCCCCGAAGGAAAGCAAGAUCACCUUCACCAAAACGAAGUAAAAGGGAGAAGAGGAGGGAGCGCAGCAGAGACAGGAAGGAGCGCUCCACAUCCAGGAAGAGGAGUCACAAAGAGGAGGAUCGGAUAAAGAGCAAAUCCAAGACCACCAAGCAGGACUACAAAAGGGUAGAAAAGGAAGAUUAUCGGAGUGACAGAGACGGCUCAAGUGAAGAAAUGACGUCAUCACCGUGCGCCCAGCACAACGGCAGCUACAAGACUCACAGCGAGGAGGACGUGUUCCUGGGCAGGCAUGCCACCAAGUGACGCUGAAUCUGUUCACGUCUCCUUCAUGCAUCAUAUGCGUCAUUUUUCACCUCAUCACGACUUUCUUCCUUUUCAUAUGAACUCCUGGAAACCCAAGGAUUCUGAUGCUGACCUCCUUUUUUAAUGCCUGAAGGACAGGUGUCGCUUUCAGUGUUGGAGAGAGGGUGUGUGAUACAGGCCCCUCCCCCCCUUCAGAAUAAAAGCACAUUAAGGUCGUCCUAACAGCGGCGCUUGUUUCAAAGCGGUGAAACUGGAUGACGUAAUGUUGCAGAAAAGCCAGUAGUCUCCUCCCACACUGCUGAAGGCUUGAAAGCUGCUGUGAUCUAUGGUAAAAUGUUGGAAACAUGGAGGACUGAGCCAACUGAAGAGCCUCCGACCUACAUUAACACAGAACUUUUCUUUUUCUGAUUUUUAACUGCGGCUUUAUCUUUGACUGUAAACUUAAUGUCUCUUAGUGGCAGUCUAUAAUGGUUUUAUAUGUAAAAUAAACAGCCUACUACAUUCGUUUUGAAACACAGUUACCCUGGUAAAACUGAGCAUUUUCACUGGUUUUUUGGCUGGAAAUAUUUAAAAUCUUGCAGUAUUAUGAAAAAAUAUUGUGUUCUUUGAGCCAGCUGACUGGUAAAGUAGUGGAGAUUCACUCUAUGCUCCAAACGGCAUCAAACUAUUCACCCCAGCAGGUUUAUUUUUGUUUUUUUAUUCCCUGACGUCUUAGUAAAGUAUCUAAAAUAAUCGCAACGGUUUAAACAUAAAUUCAUACCAGUAACAAAUUCAUGCCUCUAGAAUCACAAGUGACGGCAACAUUAAAAAAAUAAAAACUGUAUCAUAAAUAUUGUCUUAUUUAUUUAAAAAGAGAAAAAAAAAUUCCAACUUAAGGAUGUUUGAUGCAAAAGAAUGAAAUUAUUUAAUUUUAUUUGUCAUUAUUAGAAUGUGUUCAGGUAAAGAGCGAGGGCACAAAGUUUGACAGGAAUUUUCAUAUUUUCAACUUAAAAAAAACAACUACCAUAAAAAGCCUAAAUAUCCAGUAAUGAUUACAAAUUAGUCAUGAAUAUAUAGUUUGUAGCCAGAUUCGUAGGGUAGUUUCAUCAUAUUGUGUGUUUUCUAAUCUGUUUGUAUGGGAAACCUAAAUAAUACAAAUUCUGGAGUUUGAAAAAAAUAAGUUUAAACCAUUUCUUUUUUUUUUUACUUAAAAGAAAAAUCUAAGGCGGUAGAUGUGUGUGAAGCCAACACAGAAGAUUCCCCUAUUUAACUGUUAAACAGAACGGUUGGUGUUUGACACUAGAAGUGUUUUCCUCUUUCUCUCUAGUCGACAGACGCUCUCUGUCCUCCUACCGGUUAAUUAAACCCAAACCUAACGCUGAUCCCGUUCCUGGGUUUCUACAGAUUCUGAAAUGCUUAUUUAUUUUUUGGUGGACAGUGGAAGAUGUAUUUUGUGAAGUGUCCUUUUGUUUUGUUUUUUAUUAUUGCACCAGAUUUCUUCACCAUCCAGAAGUUUAGAAAAUUGCAACAAAUGUUGGUUUCUAAAUUAGGCCUCAUUUCCAUCAGUAUCCUCUCAUGCAGAAGUAGCGAGUUCAUCAUAUUUUUACUGUUUUAUGCUCAAACAAGCUGAAGUCGGGUUUGGGGAUGGUGUGCUGAAUGUUUACGGACGUAUGUUGUAAUAAAACGGAUUUAUAGACAAAAUGGCAAAGGUCAGUGAACAGUAUGGAAGCACAGAGCGGUCAAAAAGUGCCUAGACCAAGAUUGUACAGCAAAUAAUAAAACACUGAGAUUCAUUUGGAUGUUUUAAAAACAACUAAUCAUAUGUUAUAUGAACAUAGCGUGAGCUGUAAGAAUAGAUUAAACAUUUAUGAGAUGUUUUUAUCUUUUAUCCCUGUGGUUUGAUGUGUUGCUGUAGUACUGAGUGAACAUGUUUUCAAAGCAGCAACAGAUUUUGUUUUGUUGGGUUUUUUUUGGCCAUAUUUUUAAUGGUUUAAUGUUAACAAACACUUCAGUCUGAACUAUGAGCUUCACAAAAUCAUUUCAGGCUUAUUUGCCAAUAUGUGAAAAAUGUCGUUUACUUUUUAUGCUUUUAUAUUUUCCACAUGUGAUGUUUUGUUUUUGGGGGGUUGUUUUUUCUGUGCAAAGGGGUUUGAUGGCGAAUGCUGCGUUUAGGAUACGGAAACGGUUCUGUCAAAUUCUUUAUGAAAUGUUUGGAUGUAUGUAUAUAAUUUAGUUUGAACCUAAAACACAUUUUAUUUGUUUGCCAAAGCUCUCAUUAAAGAGUUUUGACUCUGA